GCGGUCCGGUCGUUUGGCCAAUAAAAAUUAACAAAAAAAAAAUACAAUUCAAGUGACAAAAAAUUAAGUAUUUUGAAACCAAAGAAGCAGAAAAAAAUUAAAAAUUAAAGGAAAAUUUCAAAAUCAGAAAAAAUAUUUUUUUAAAAAUCGAGAAACAACAAAAUGUCAUUCGCGCCGAAAAUAUGUACGGUUGUGCUAAUCGUAGUCGCCUCAUGUAUUCUAGUCGAAAAUCGCAGUUACAACAAUGGUCUCAUCUUCUAUGACCUUACAACGAAACAAGUCUUCCUGCCACCAACCGUAUCGGUGUCUCGCGGCCGUAGUUUGUCCAAUUUUAAAUUCUCCAGCAAAGGUUCCAUAUGGUCUACUUUUGGUAAACCAUGCGAUUGUGCCGGACCCUUAUGUGGCUGUUGUGUUGGUAUCAAAGUGAAACAAUAUAAUUUCGAUCAGAAAAUGUGUGCUAAUGUGACGUAUGUGGGUCCGAAAAACGAACUAAAUCUGGAAAUGUUCGUCAAUGAAACACAAUCGGCCAAAUAUGCUGUAUCCGCCCGUAAUCCCUCACCGUUCUGUAUACCGGUUAUGUUAGGCAUCCCCAUGUCCAUGUGUGUCCAGAUGUCUGAUGUCGGUUUGCAGGGUGAUAAUAUGCAUGCCUGUAUGGAUUUUAUGGUACAAUUGGCAUCGACGCAAAUUUUCGAAAUGCAUUUCCAGUGUAUGCAAUUGGGGGCACAGGGAGCUCAAUGGGUGUUGCCAGGUGGUGGUGGAUCGGUUAUACCGCCAUCACAGAGUAAGAUAACCGAUCGUAAUGAUGAAGAUUAUGGCACUUCGGAUGAGUAUUACGAUGAAGAGGAAGAGAAGGAAGAUAAGGUGGAAAAGGAAAAUGUCAUUAAUGAAGAAAAUGCUGAGAAAAAUGAGUUGGAGGAUAAAGAGAAUGAAGAGGAGAAUGAAAAUAAGGCUGAGGAAGAAGUGGAUUAUAAUGACCUCGCGCAAGAAAACGAUAAAAAGUCUUCGAAAGAAAACGAAGUUGUAACAGAUGAGGAGAAAAGGGAAGAGAACAUAAAACUUACAAAUGUGGGCAUUGCUGCUAUGUUAAGGCCAAAACCCAAAAGUGAGGAGGAAGAGGAGGAAUCAGCCGAAACCGAAACUUUUGAUAUGUUGACAAAAAAUGACAGCCAGAUGUCCACGGAAAAUACUCCCAAUGAAAAUUUGAGUGUCUCCAAUAUUGGCAAUGACUCGAAUGCCAAGUCAGAGGAAACGUUGGAGCAAACCACGGAGUUGGCCAACGAUUUCCCCACCCCUAUGGCCAAUGUCACAAUAGAAAACAAACUUGCUGACAAUAUCAAUGACUCCGUAAUGAGUAUUACAUCUUCCAGCUCCAGUGAAGCUCCAAUAGUCAUUUUACCAGAAACAACAACAACGACAGCUUCACCAUUAACCGGACCAUUGAACUCAACGUCUAUUACAAAGACAGAGGAAAGUAACAGUGCCCAUAAUGAGAGUGAUUAUGAUAAUGAAGAAAGUGGAGAGGAGAAAGAGAAAGAGGAUGAUGAAAUCGAUGAAGAUGAGGACGAUGACGACGAUGAUGAUGCUGACGAAGAAGAGGAAGAUGAAGACGACGAAGAAGAUGAUGAUGAAUCGACUACGAGUGAAGUGAAAGAGCCCGAAAAUGCCAUAAUCGAACAGAAAUUGACAACCACAACAGAUGACAACAAUAAAAAUAUAAUUGUUGCUACAACAACCAAACCAGAUGAAGAAAAAAGUACGGAUGAAGAAGAAAAGGGGGAUGAAGAAGAGGAUGAUGAUGAUGAAGAUGAUGCUGAUGAUUAUGAAGAAGAGUACGAUGAAAGUGCAACGGAUGCCCCAGCCAAUGACAAUAAUCCAAAGAGUGGCCUUGAUGCUGCGACAUCAACAUCGACAACACCAGCAACAAGUCAUCAACAAAUCAUUGCCACAAACCAAACAUUAUCACUAACGACAAAUGGCAUUGUUGAGAAAUCCGACAAUGAAAUGAAUGCUGUAAAUCUUCAAUUAUCCCCAGAUGACAUGCUUAAUGCCAAAGAUAACAAAAACAAUGACAACGAAGAAAAAGACGACAACAACAACGACUCCAGCGAGAGCUUAACAAGCGUAAAUCAAACGCUUGGCAGUCUGAACACCACAAAUGCAAUUGAGAAUCACAGCCCGUCACCACAGCUCACAGAGGCGCUAACUGUCAGCAACAAUGACAGCGUAACAACAACACCUCAAACACCUGCCCGUCAGCUACACCGAAUGUAUAGAGAGAAAAAUAUACCCGCACGAUUCCGAGGUGGUCACAAAUAUCGCCCAAGUCAGCAUUAUCCCCAUUAUCAUCAAGACAAUGUGUAACACAAUUGAAAGUGCGCGAAACUGGUGUCUAUUCUCCAAGG